GAGCGUCGCGCUCGUGUGCGGCGGCGGCGGCGGCGGCGGCUGCGUCGGCGGCCAGCGAGUGUGAACGUGUGCUGUCGCCUUUUGUCUGGAACCCACAGCUGCUAGAGCACGGUUUCCUGCUGUGGAUCGUGUGUACUCGCGGUCUACCCGGAAGCUCCGGGAGCUGGACAGCGCGUCAGAUCUCCCGUCAGCAGAUAACGUUAGCCUGCGCAUUCAAGCGGUAGCUCUUGGAAGAGAAUCACAGCUGCCAUCAGAAAGUAGCCUCCUGCUCUAAACCCACUGUUUGCUGUUGCCACCAUGCCAAAGAAUAAAGGUAAAGGAGGCAAAAACAGGCGUAGGGGUAAAAAUGAAAACGAAUCUGAGAAAAGAGAGCUCGUGUUUAAAGAGGAUGGGCAGGAGUAUGCGCAGGUAGUCAAGAUGCUGGGGAAUGGACGCUUAGAAGCCAUGUGCUUUGAUGGUGUGAGGCGGUUGUGCCAUAUCAGAGGAAAACUAAGGAAGAAAGUUUGGAUAAACACUUCAGACAUUAUAUUGAUUGGUCUACGAGACUAUCAAGAUAACAAAGCUGAUGUAAUUUUAAAGUAUAAUGCAGAUGAAGCUAGAAGUCUGAAGGCAUAUGGAGAACUUCCAGAGCAUGCCAAGAUCAAUGAAACGGAUGCAUUUGGUCCCGGAGAUGAUGAUGAAAUCCAGUUUGAUGAUAUUGGAGAUGACGAUGAAGACAUUGAUGAUAUCUAGCCUGUGCUGUAGUCCAUGUUUUCUGAAGUUAGGAUCUUGGCCUUCAACUGUUAAGAAUAAAACUCCAUUUAGCAUGGGAAUGGCUUGUUAUAGCAGGUUAAUAUGUUUUCUAAAAAUUAUUUGUUAAAGUCUCUUUGAAAACUGAAGAUGCUGAUACAUCUGAAAUGACACGUUAACACUGUUCUUUAGAUGUUAUGGAACUUGGCAGAAAAAAACACUAAUUCCACUGUUAAAAGAAAGAAAAAAUGCCAUUCGUUUGUGACUACUUCAUUUCUAGCAAAUGAAUGUAUGCAUUAAUUGCCUUGUUAUUGUCAUGGUUUGCAGUAUACCAUAGUUGUUUAGAUUCUUUAUCUUCUAAUUUUCUGCAUGUUCUUUUGAGUCUUCUUCCAAUUUAAAAAUAACAUAAAUCUGCAUCUGGAGUCAGAAAAGAAACGGGGCUAUUUUCCUAUGUUGUGAUGCGUAUUUUCAUGCUAACACUCCCAUUCGUUUUGUCCUUCACGUUGCCACCAUCCAAAAUAAGCAGUUUCUAAGUGCAAUGCCUAACAGUAGCAGUUUUGAGUUUGUAAAAUUAGUCAUUGCAGAAAUUGAACACUUGGUAAUAACAAUUAUCUUGACAUUAGAAAUAUGAAUAUAAUGUUGACAAUUUUUUUAAUUUUUGCUUUCUUAAGGUAUGUCCAAAAAUAGAAAAUGGGAGGAGAAAUAAAUAUGUUGUAAUAUUUACAUAGAAAAUUUUUCAAACAAGAUAAGUUUUUAAUGGUGCAUAAAAUAUAUUUUGCUUUGCAAAGUAGGUAUGUAAAAAAAUGUGUAAUUUUAUUUUCAUUCACAGUUUUGGACUCUAUAAAUAACUCAAAUGCGAAGUGUAAAUGAAAAGUUAAUUUUGUAAUUCUGUAAGCCUUUCUUAAAUGAAGCUUAGGUUAAGGGGAAAGGAGCCACAAGUUAAAGAAAAGGUGACUUCUGUUUUCUAAGUGGAAGAUUCACAGGACUAGAAAUAAACAAAAAAAUAUGUUGGCAUAAGGUGUUGCUUUAUCUUUAAUAAUACUCAUUAUGUUGUAACAGAAUUAUUCCUUCAAUAAAUGGGUGGAUAGUUUCUA